UCUAAGGUAGUAGCAGGAGUUUAGAGUGAAAGAAAGUGGAUGAAAAUGGCAAUUCUCAAGGUUCAUUGUUUCUUGAUCGUAUUGAUUGUGAUGGUCGGAUUUGUUACGUCGAGAAAUCUUGAUGACCAUAAUAAGAAGUGUCGAUGUCAGGGUCUUGUAGAUAUGUUACGGAAAUGUGAGAAAUAUCUGUCAACCGAAUUUGGGAAAGCAUUAGUGCAACCAGACGGAGACUGUUGCGCGGCUGUAAGAUUUGCGGAUGUGAAAUGUUUAUUGAAGUAUGUAGGUUAUAUGGAAGAAAUUGUUAGCCGUGAAAAGGUUGUCUAUGUUAAUGAGUAUUGUAACGCCAUCAAUGCUGGACAUCGUAAAGUUCAUGUUUGAAGCCGGGGAGGCGAAUGAAGACUAAGGGAGGCGUUAGAAAUGGGCGUAAAUUUUAGAUUGCUAUUCGUUGUAGUAAUGACUAUAUGGUGUGCAUGCCUCCAUGGCUUUCUUUGGUUUUUAUCUAGAAAUCAGUUGAAUCCCUUUUGCAAAACAAACUUUUUUAUUUGCGCUAGGAAAUAUUGCAAUCCUAAUGUACGUUUGGUAAGAAAUUGAACAUGAGACCCGAAAAGCAUAACGCUAACAACAAUUUUGUCAUACUUAGCUUAAAAAAAAAAACAACAACAAUUUUGUCACAAUGAGGCGAAUUCUAUGAACUUUACUCAAUUAGAAAGUAACUUAUCCAAACAA